AUGCCUCCCAAGAAGACCGCCCCUGCCGCUAAGGAGAACGUCUCUCUCGGCCCUCUGGCCGGAGAUGGCAAGCUCGUUUUCGGUGUUGCCCGUAUCUUUGCCUCUUUCAACGAUACCUUCGUCCACGUUACCGAUCUUUCCGGUCGCGAAACCAUCUGCCGUGUCACCGGUGGUAUGAAGGUCAAGGCUGACCGUGACGAGUCCUCCCCCUACGCUGCUAUGUUGGCUGCUCAGGACGUUGCCACUCGCUGCAAGGAGCUUGGCAUCAACGCUCUGCACAUCAAGAUCCGUGCCACUGGUGGUAACGGUACCAAGACCCCCGGUCCCGGUGCCCAGUCUGCCCUCCGUGCCCUUGCCCGUUCCGGUAUGCGCAUUGGCAGAAUCGAGGACGUCACCCCCACCCCCUCCGACUCUACUCGUCGCAAGGGUGGUCGCCGUGGUCGUCGUCUGUAGGUAUGUGCGGGCUUGUUGGACCUUUUGUUCUCAACUUUUGCAGGCAAGCCUCUUUACGAGAUUUUUACUGUAUCUGUCUUGGGAAUAACUAAGGUCCUGGCAACGCGGCAUUACCUGCUGAUGUGAUGUGGAUGGAAUAAACGCGGAGAACGGCAUUUAUCGCCUGGUCUUCAAUUUUUUUCAUGUCCAAUAUGAUUAAAACAGUUAUGAAUGUGGUUUUGGUUGGGUAGAUUGCUGCUUAGGUAGAUUAAUAUACUCAACUGGACUAUUAUAUAUAUUUUUU